CUCCCCCCCCCCCCAGGCAUCGUGCUGAUGAUGUCACUGUGCCGUGAGGUCAGCGUGUACGAGUUCCUGCCGUCGCGGCGGCGGACCGACCUCUGUCAUUACUACGAGCGCUACCAGGACGCGGCGUGCACGCUGGGCGCCUACCACCCGCUGCUCUACGAGAAGCUGCUGGUCCAGAGGAUCAACGCGGGGGGGCGGGACCAGCUGGCCGCCAAGGGGAAGGUCACGCUCAGCGGCUUCAGGGCGCUCCGCUGCCCCCCCGCCCCGGUCUAAAGGGGGACUCACACGGUCCUGGACUCUGUUUGGUCGUGUUUUUGUGUCGGUUCCCGUCCAAUAUGUUGGAAAUGCAAAUGUUUUUGCCAUUGACAAUAUUAUGGAAAAGACUUCUUUUAGCAUGUAUAGAGCAGCAUAUCUCCACCAGACUCCAUGUAAAUAAUCACUACUUUUAGCGUUAUGAAACACACUUCAUUCUAAGUGGACAGAAACUGAAUUAAACUACCGAAAGCCGUCUUGGUUCAUCUUUCCACUGUUCCAACGAUCACCACUCUGGUCUGGUUGGAAUAAACUCUUAAUUCACCCA